UCGAUAAUUCCGCGAUCACCCUGGCCGCGCGUUUUUUGUUGUUUGUCAUUUGUUUAUUUAAAUGUUUAAUUAAAAAUGACUUCGUUCAUUGAUUUGCUGGGCGACGGAGGACAUGUGCACUUUGAAAAAUGUGGGGACAUUGCUGUUUCGCCCAAGGACAACGUGGUGGCCAUGUUUUGCCAUUUCUGCAGGGACAUUUUCACGCAUCUGCCGGAAUUCAUGAGACACCUACAGCGGUCUCACAGCGAUACUUUGCACUUCGCAAAGGAACAGAAUGUGUACAGCGUCGAGGAACUGUUGUCCAUGGAGAGCUCAGAAGAUGAAACGCAAUCGCAGGCGCACAGCUGCAGCAGCGUCGACUCUGGGUUGGCUGGCGAAACGGAAGAUGCAGAUGCAGCACCACGAUCAUCCGCUUGCCUGGCAAGCAAUGUGGAUAUAAUGAACGCCUUGGCAGUCUUCGAUGUGGAAGUGGAUGCGAUCAAUGUCAAAUGCGAAACACAAGAAAUUAAGGAAAAAGGUGCCGCACGAAACAUUCUGGCAGAAGUUGAAGAAAUGUUAGAGGAGAGGAAAAACAUGUUUUCAAGAGUGAUGGACAACAAGCCCGAGGCCAUCCAGGAAACGUACUACAAAGCAAGCUACACCGAAAACCAGAAAGAUUUCCGUCGUGCCCGCAAGCCGGGAAAUUUGGAAAAAGCGCCAACCAUCUGUGAUGUGAAGAGCUACAACAUUGCGCGACACUCGCGCAAACGGGAGGCGAUCAAACAGCGCUUGAGCAACGUGAAAAAACGUAUUAUGCUCUCCCUUGAAAAUGAUGUGCCAAAGUCUGUGCCUAUGAAAGUAUCCAGCGUUAAGCUGGAAUUGCCAGCAUUCAAAGAGGAGUCCAAACACCCGGGCGUUGAAGCUACUAAAUUGCCACCUACAAAUUUAGAGACCAAAGAAAUUCGCUCCAACAUGACUCAAGUGAUUCAGUACAAUGGGAUGAAGUCAGCGUCUAUGAAGCAGUUGCUUAAGCCAAGAAAAAGGCCCGUAUAUAUCUUGCCUAAAAUCAGCACUUCUUCUUCAGUCGAUUCAAAGAAAGUUCCCAACGCGGCUCUAACAAAUCUAAAAAGUACUACAAGUGGGAGCACCACCUUGAUAAAACCAGUAAUUCCUGCAAGUCUCCGCCAGCCAUUAGCUGAAAAAAAACCAAAGACUUUCAGAAUCAACAUGCCGCUAUCGAAAGUCAAUCAAGUCGUCUCAAACUCUGUCAGUCCUAGCUUUUCUAGUGCCACCAAACAAUCCAAACUGCCUGCUCUAUUGGAUAGCAAUUCAGCAAAUGAUCUAGCAGCUCCCUUGGAGCCUACAAAGUCUUCAAAGAUAGUUUCUGCUACUCCCAUAAAGAAGCGUUGUGUGGCGUCCACCUCGAAAAAACCAACUAUUCUUCCAUGCACCAGUGGGACAGCAUUUAAAAUAGAUCCAAACAUAAGCCAUGCGCCCACAGGCAGACGAUCAUCACCCAUAAAGAUAGAGCGAGUGCAGAUUCUGUCAAAGAUCGCCAAAGAUAUAAAACAGAAUGUGGAAACGUCAGUCAAGGGAAAACCAAUAUGGAAGAAAAGAAUUCCUUCAAGUGUUGCCAGUGUAAAAUCUUCAGAGCUGAAUGCCACAAAUAACGAUGCAGUGGAUCAGCACAAGCGUCCAGAGCGCAGAUCUUCGCUAACAGUUGUCUCCAAUAGCCCAGUUCAGACCAAGAAACGUACACGAAGAUCCUCGAUGACAACUGUAAAGCCCACGCCGCCUCCAAGCUCACAAAAGCUGCAUUCGGGACCUGUUCAAGGUCCUGCGAAAGCACAGAAACGUUCACCCUCCACUGAAAUAUGCGAUGCAAAACGGGCCAAAAUAAAUCAAGAAAGAUGCUCCAUGAACUUUGGUUUAUCGUCGAGCGCUAUAGAGUUUCUUCAGAAGGAUUUGAAAACCUCAAAGCUGGACGCAGACAGCCUCCUUCAGUUGGCAGAGACCCGUGGGGACUCGAUCGUGGAAGAUCUAGUUGCGCAGAUAAAAGAGACCAAAGAGGAAAACACACAAAAGAAAGAGUUGAUCACACCUCAAACGCCUGAAAUUCAGGUUGUGGGAGAUGACCUCAAGCUGUUGGAGACAGUUGGGUUGCGUAUAAUAAAAGUUCCAAAGUUUGAGGAUAAAAUGCCAUUGGAGCAGUCGGAAGAGUUUCGUAAAAAAGCCGCCAAGUUUAGCAAAAUCUAUCACAAGUACGAAACAAUCUGGAGCUAUAGGAAAUCAAAGAUCAUUGGCGCACCCGAACGCCUAGUCCAGCAGUUGAACGCAUUCACCGAAGAGGUAAACAAGGAGCUUGCCUGCCAGUUGACCCUGAGCGAGAUGAAACGCACUCUCAACCUCAUCAACUCCUGGUAUACAGAGCAGAUCGAUAAAAGGUUCUUCCGAAAGGCAACUCUUUCGUACAGCAUUGAGCACUACAUGCUCCUGUUUCACUUUCUGCCAAAGAUUAUUACAACUGUGUACUUCUGCGAGUACUGUGAGGAGACCUUCACCCACGAGUCGCGCUACAAGAAACAUGUCCAGAGUCUGCACACUUUACACGCGUUCACAUGCGCCGAGUGUGGUAAGUCCUUCAAGAGACUGUACUUCUACGAGAAACACCUCAAGGCAGCACAUAACGUGUCGCCCAUAACUACAUAGUUUUUGUACUUUUCAAUUGUUUAACCAUUUUGUGGAGCACUCCAUACAAUUUAGUGAAAAUUGUAGUGCGAGUAGGUGGCAAAUUGUAUAUUCAUCUGUGCCAAGACUGCUUCCACUCUCACUGUGCUGGGAGAGUGGUCACAGCAGCUUCAGUUCAAGUUAUCUUCUAUUUAUCGUGUUAAAUUGUAACUUUGAUCCACUCUAUCGACUUUAUAUCUGCCAUUUAAAUUCGUAUU